AUGCUUCGGUUGGUGCAGCGAGCGGCGCGUAGCGGCGUGCGCGUGCGCAGCGUGCUUGUGCGCCUGCAGUCAUCGGAUGUACGGCCCAGUCUCUUAGAUGCACUCGAAGAGCGCAACAUGGUCCAGGCGACGACGUCGAGUUCGCUCAAGCCGCACAUGGCGACAGUGGAAAAAGGGGCCUUGGUGCCUCGCACGGUCUAUGCCGGUGUGGACCCUAGCGCGCCCAGCAUGCAUGUGGGCAACCUUCUUCCGCUCUUUGCACUGCUGCACUGUGCGCUCCAUGGCCACACGGCGCUUGUGCUUGUCGGCGGCGGAACGGGCGCGAUUGGCGACCCUUCCGGGCGCUCGACAGAGCGCUCCGCGCUCGAUGCAGAGCAGCUGAAGGCGAAUGUCGCGUCGAUCCGCGCACAGAUGUACCAGUUCUUCCACAAUGCAGCGGCAUACCUAGAGCGCAGGGGCAUGAUCAAUGCGCCUGUGAAUACAUACACGACCGAAGGAAGCGCCAAUCCAGCCGGCGAGUCGCUCUUUGGCUCGGGGCUCGAUGUGCGCAUCGUCAACAACUUUUCGUGGCUGCAGCCCGUGUCGCUAAUCCAGUUCCUGUCCGAGGUGGGCCGCCACGCGCGUGUGAAUGAUAUGCUGGCACGCGACAGUGUCAAGAACCGCCUUACGACGCCCGGAGCGGAAGCCAACAGCGCGCCAGGUCUCUCGUUUACCGAGUUUUCCUACCAACUGCUCCAAGCCUACGACUUUAGCGUUCUGCACCGCGCACCGUGGCACUGCUCGCUCCAAAUCGGUGGCUCGGACCAGAUGGGCAACAUUAGCGCCGGCAUUGACCUGAUCCGCCGGCAACAGGCAGCCGACGGUGCCGACAUUCGCGAGGACCCUGCGUAUGGUCUGACGCUCCCCCUGCUUACGACCUCGAGCGGGGCCAAGUUUGGCAAGUCGGCCGGCAACGCGGUAUGGAUCAGUCCGUCGUUGCUCUCGGAUCUCGACUUUUACCAGUACUUUUUGCGCAGCGCAGACGCAGACGUCGAGCGCUACCUGCGCUCGCUUACGCUCCUUUCGUCGGACGAGAUCGCGAGUGUUCUCGAAGAGCACAGCAAAGACCGCACGAAGCGGCUUGCCCAAGAAAAGCUCGCGGCCGAAAUGACGGAGCUGGUCCGUGGCGAAGCCGCGCUGCGUCGGGCGCGUGUCGCGACCAAGGUCCUCUUUGGUACGAGUUUGGACCAGCUGCGCACGGACGAAGUCCUCUUUGCCUUUGAGGAUGACCCACGUCUCGUGCAUAUGCCGCAAGGUGCGCUCGAAUCGGAAGUGUUGCGUCUCGCGGUCGAUUCCGGCCUGACGGCGUCCAGGAGGCUCUACCUAAACGGUGCUGCUGUGACGGACGCCAAAGCGACCCUCUCCACAUCCAAUCUACUCGACGGGCGUUUUGUCGUGAUGCGUGCCGGCAAGCACAACCGCAAGAUUCUGGUCCUGGCGUAG